AUGAGUGCCAACUUCAACGACCCCGCGGCCAAUGCCCCCGAUGCGGCUGCGUACAAGGGCAAGGGCAAGGCUGAGGACCCUUCGGUCGAGAUGAGCAUGGAUGAGGAGGAGAGCGAGGAGAGUGAGAACGAAAACGAAGAGCUGGUUCCUGAAGAAGAAGACGAGGGCCAGGGCAACCUCGAACCCAUCUCCUCCGAGAACAUCAUCCAAGGCGGACGCCGCACACGUGGGAAGAACAUCGACUUCCAGGAAGCGGCUGAGAAGACCAAGAACGACGAGAUGGACGACGACGAUGACGAUGAGGACUUUGCGCCUCAGGACAACGACAAUGAGAACGACGAUGACAAGAUGCGCGAUUAA